UUAGUUUUCUUGUUUUGUGAAAAAUAAUUUGUGUGAGAAUCAAUAAAUGAGGGGUUACAUGACCUUACCAUUACAUAGGGUACACGCAUUAAAUAAGGUGACCCAUCUUAGGACACCUUUUCAGAAUUUCACCCUUCUAUACUGCCACAUGCACAUAUAUCUCUCUACUAUUCUAGGGUGAGUACCAUUCAUUUACCAUACCAUUCAUUUAUCAUCAUAAUAAGGUUAGUGGGAGUGGCAAUAGAAUAAGGUAGUAGUGACUAGUGAGAAUAUAUAUAUAUUGGUUUUUUGUUGUGUGCAGCAGUCUCUUUCAAUUGAAUUGUGCCCCUUCCUUAGAAGAUGGGAAUGAAUGGAUCCUCAUGUUGGCACAAAUAUAGACAAACCACCUUCAUCAGCAUCUUCAUUCUCUUUGCAGCUUCUUCUACUUCCUUAUUCAUGGCUCAAGGAAGAGCAAUGUCCAAUGUAAUUGAAGUUUCCCAGAAUAAGGUAAGAGUGAUAGGGUCAAGGCCACCAAGGUGUGAAAGUAGAUGCAGCAAUUGUGGACAUUGUGAAGCAGUUCAAGUCCCCAUUGUACCUACCUUUCAUCAUCAUCAUGAAGCAGCCAUUGUUGCAUUCUCAUCAAGAGGAGAUGCACUUUCCAACUACAAACCCAUGAGUUGGAAGUGCAAAUGUGGGGACUACUUUUUCAACCCAUGAUUCUUCUUCCUUCUGAUCUUCAAUCAAAUUCUAUCAAAUUAUUUUGCUAAUAUAUAUAU